AUGUCGGGAUGUGAGGUGGACCCUCAGCUACUUCUACUACGUCGGCAGUAUAUGCAACUGUUCGAGCCCGACUUUCUCGCUUGGCCGCCAGCUAAGUUCCUCAAGAACGAAGAUGUACAAAAAUGGUUAUAUAAACACCUAUUCGAUGAAAGCAGAAAUUCAAGGUUGCCGCCUGAGAGCUAUCAAAUGCGGGUUUUGAAGCAACUCGUCACAAAGGUUGAGAAAGUGAUAGCAAGUUCAGAGCAAGAUGAGGUCUCUAAAGAGCUUACGACGUGUCUUGAAUCCUUCGUGGCUAGAGGAAUCUCACCAGAAUUCCAGGCAGCUCAGGAAGAGGCAUAUGUGACAUUCACCUGCCUACCAGAGAAGUAUAACCCAGACGACAACCAUGACUACCAAUCAGAACCUACAAUUACACUACUCGAACGGCGACACUUGGUAUCAGGUUCGCAAAUAACGGGUUUCCGGACCUGGGAAGGAUCUCUUCAUCUAGGCUCGUACUUCCUAACUGAUCCUGGGUCGCGCAUUGUCCGUGGAAAGAAUAUCUUGGAGCUGGGCGCUGGUGCCGGGUUUCUCAGUAUCCUCUUAGCUAAGCAUUUACAUGCAAAUCACGUCACUACCACAGACGGCGAUGAAGGAGUCGUUGAAGAUAUGAAGGAAAAUUUCGCACUGAAUGGCCUUGAUGACCAAGAGAAAGUCCGAACGGGAACAUUGACAUGGGGCCGCAACCCUUGGGAGACGUGGAUCAAAAACGAUUGUGACGCCAACCCAUAUGACAUCGUAAUCGGCGCUGAUAUUACAUAUGACAAGAUAGCAAUAUCGGCGCUAGUAUCGACGUUGCAUCAACUCAUCGAUAGGAGCCCGAAGCUUAGAGUUGUUAUAGCUGGUGUCGUCCGGAAUGCUGAAACCUUUCAAAGAUUUAGAGACGAAUGCGUCCAGCACCACUUCGCCGUGGAAGAGAUCAAGUUCGAACCUAAGCCGAUGCGUCAACAAAAAUCACUCUUCUAUGCGGCAGCCAUGCCCAUUAAAAUAUUAUCCAUUGCUGGGCCUGGUUAA